AUGAGGCCAUACGUCCUCUCCUUGCUGGGCCUCCUAUUCCUCGUCGGCCCAGCUGCAGGGGAUAUGGAGUUUUACAGGUCCAUAACCCCCAGCCCUGGCUCCAGUUCAGCAGGUGACUCCAGCUCCAGCUCUGGCAUCCUCCAGCCUGGCGGUGGUCCUGACUCCAGGUACCAGCCGUUUUCCAAUUUCACCGGCUCCAUAGAUGACCACGGGACCUGCCAGUGCUCCGUUCUCCUGCCAGAUACCACCUUUCCCGUGGAGAAAAUGGAGCAGUUGGAAUUCACAGCUCGCUCUCUCACUGAGAAGUUCCAGACAGAGCUUUCUAAAGUAAAGGAGUAUACUGAACUAAUCAGCAUAUAUGAAAAGAAGCUCUUGAACCUAACUGUCCAAAUAGAGAUCAUGGAAAAGGAUUCCAUUUCUUACACUGAACUGGACUUUGAGCUUAUCAAGAUGGAAGUGAAGGAGAUGGAGAAGCUGAUCAUCCAGCUGAAGGAGAGUUUCGUUGGAAGCUCAGAAAUUGUUGACCAACUGGAAGUGGAGAUAUGGAAUCUGACUGUCCUGGUGCAGAAGCUCGAGACACUAGACAAAAACAACAUCCUUGCUGUUCGCCGAGAAAUCGCGGCGCUCAAGAAGAAGCUGAAGGAGUGCACGGCCUCCAAACGGGAAGACGCCCCUGCUGUCCCUCCUCCCUCUCCGGGGAGCUGUGCUCAUGGUGGCGUGGUGAACAUCAGCAAGCCGUCUGUGGUUCAGCUCAACUGGAGAGGGUUUUCCUAUAUAUAUGGGGCCUGGGGUAGGGAUUACUCUCCUCGGCAUCCAGAGCAAGGGCUGUACUGGGUGGCACCUUUGGAGACAAGUGGGAGAACGUUGGAAUAUUACAGGCUCUACAACACACUGGAUGAUUUGCUGUUGUACAAAAAUGCCCAAGAGAAUCGGGUUGUUUAUGGCCAAGGCAGUGGUACCGCAGUCUACAACAACAACAUGUAUAUCAACUGGUACAACACCCAGGAGAUUGCUAAGGUUAACUUGACCACCAACACAGUCGCUGUGAAGCGCCCUCUCCCCGGUGCUGCCUAUAAUAACCGUUUUUCAUAUGCUAAUGUUGAUUGGCAAGAUAUUGACUUUGCUGUGGAUGAGAAUGGAUUGUGGGUGAUUUAUUCAACUGAAGCCGCCACUGGUAACAUAGUGAUUAGUAAACUCAAUGACACCACACUUGAGGUGCUAAGCACUUGGCAGACCAAGCAGUAUAAACCAUCUGUUUCUAACGCCUUCAUGGUGUGUGGUGUCCUGUAUGCCACCCGUACUCUGAGCACCAGAGUAGAAGAGAUUUUUUACUACUAUGACACAAACACAGAGAAGGAGGGCCAGCUAGGCAUUAAAAUGCCAAAGGUGCAGGAAAAAUUGCAGAGCAUUAACUAUCACCCUUUUGACCAGAAACUUUUUGUUUAUAAUGAUGGUUACCUUCUGAAUUACGAUGUUAUCUUCCAGCAGGAACCCCAGCAACCUGUUUAG